UCACCUGCGCUGCCCGCGGGGGACCGCGCCGGGCUCCCCCCGCGUUCCGCCCGCGGAGGCUGCGCGGGGCGGGGUGGGGCGGCGCCGCGGCCCCGCCGCGCGUGGGAGCGGAGCGGAGCGGCGCGGGGCGGGCGGUGGCGGCGGCGCUUUGUCCUGCCCACACGCACACACAGACACACGCAGCAGCCGGGCGGGAGCCGGCAACAUGGCCGGGCCGGCGGAGGGGCUGCCCGCCGCCGCCGCGCUGCCCGGUUAGCGCCGCGGGGCCCGGCGCUGCGAGUGGGGCGGCGCCGCCGCCAGAGCCCGCACCCCGCACCCCGCCGCCAGUCCCCGGCCGCGGCCGCCGCGCCCCGUCGGGAAGAUGAGUGAACAGAGUAUUUGCCAAGCCCGAGCUUCAGUUAUGGUCUAUGACGAUACCAGUAAGAAAUGGGUGCCAAUCAAACCUGGACAGCAGGGAUUCAGCAGAAUCAACAUAUACCACAACACGGCCACUAACACCUUCAGGGUAGUUGGAGUUAAACUGCAAGAUCAACAAGUAGUGAUUAAUUACUCAAUUGUGAAAGGAUUGAAGUACAAUCAAGCAACACCUACCUUUCAUCAAUGGCGCGACGCACGGCAGGUCUAUGGCUUGAAUUUUGCAAGCAAAGAAGAGGCCACCACUUUCUCCAAUGCAAUGCUAUUUGCUCUGAAUAUCAUGAACUCACAAGAUGGAGGUCCAGCUGCCCAGCGCCAGGUCCAGAAUGGGCCAUCUCCAGAUGAGAUGGAAGCACAGAGAAGACAAGUGAUGGAGCAACAGCAACAGCGCCAGGAAUCUCUGGAAAGAAGAACCUCUACCACAGGCCCAGCACUUCCUCCUGGUCAUCCCAGUGGCGCUGCUGUGAUCCCCACUUCGUCCGGGGGGCCCCCACCUCCGCCACCCCCCCCAGUCCCUCCACCACCCAUGGGAGCUGCGCCCCCCCCACCUCCCCCGCUGCCGGCAGGCGCCGGGCAAGGGGUUGGCACUGAAGAUGGGUCAGUGUCAGGGCUCGCAGCGGCUCUGGCUGGUGCCAAACUAAGGAGAGUACAACGGCCAGAAGAUGGUUCAGGAGGGUCCAGCCCCAGUGGGGUCUCUAAGAGCGAUGCCAAUCGAACAAGUAGUGGAGGAGGCGGAGGAGGACUAAUGGAAGAAAUGAAUAAAUUGCUGGCAAAAAGGAGGAAAGCAGCAUCGCAGUCAGACAAGCCAGCUGACAAAAAGGAAGAGGAAAGCCAAAAUGAUGAUGCUAGCACCUCUCCUUCACCCAGUACACGAGGUUCCACCCAGCAGCAGCAAAAUUCAUCAGACUCUGGGAAGAAGCCAUGGGAAAGGAGCAAUUCUGUUGAAAAGCCUGUAUCUUCAUUACUUUCUAGAAAUCCAUCAGUGGUGAAGAGCUGUGAAGCUAAGAGCCCCACACAAUCCCACGUGUCUUCUAGGAUGAAGCCAGUGAGCAGCAGCAAUGAUGUGGCUAUGGAUGCCUUAGAUUUUGAUCGAAUGAAACAGGAAAUAUUGGAGGAAGUUGUAAGAGAGUUACACAAAGUGAAAGAGGAGAUAAUUGAUGCCAUACGGCAGGAGUUGAGUAGAAUCAGUACAACAUAAUGAUUGCAAAGCAUUUGGACGGUACUAAGAAUGCUAGGAAGAUCGGAUCAUUUCUAAGUGUACCAAGGUCAUGCAAGAUGGUGAGAGAGGACACCGGCACUGUCUUUGUUCUUAUACCCUUUUUAUUAGCAGACUCAGCACACUUUGAAGCUUGCUGCUGCCUUGGAUUCGCUUCAUUUUAAAAGUCUUAAUCUAAAGAAUAUUAAAUUUUAAAUUUCUGGAUUUUUUAGAUUUCAUCUGACACUGCACAUUGGAUUUGUCAGCCUUUUUUGUAUUUUGUAUUUGCUUAUUUAAAUGUAUUACCUUUCUUUUUAGUAGUAGAUAAGAACACACGUGAACCAUUUGCUUUUGAUAGAUGACUUCAAAGUAAUUUUACUAGUAGUCUGCAAUGUAAAUGAAGAUCCUUUGCCAACAGAAAUGUAUUGAGGCAUCAUGAGAAGAAACAGAGACAUGUUAGUUGUCAGCCAACAAGUUCUUUGUCUCAGAGUUAUCACAAUAUAAAAAAAAUGGUACGUCAGUGCAUCACAGUAUCUGUGUUCAUAUUGGUAAUAAACUGUUUAUUGUCCACAUG